CACCAAAAGCAAUGGAUUUCGAGCAAAGCAAAAUUUAUCACAAAGACGGGAGCAGAAUUCUCCCGCGGAGAAAAUUCAAAAGAACAGUAGGCACCAGGCAGCCGGCCACGGGACACAUCAACAAAGAGCAACUGACUCAACUGAAAGAAGCGUUCAAUCUCAUCGACCAAGAUCGUGACGGCGUUAUAAGCAAAGAUGAUCUACAGAAAAUCUUAAUUUCUCUCGGGCAGAAACCGACAGACAAGGAGGUCAGGGAGAUGCUGAACGAGGUACAAGGAAAUGUGGACUUUGCAAGAUUUCUGUCCAUGUUUGCUUCUAAGAUGGGUUCCGCAGACCCCGAAGAUCUAAUCCGAAACGCCUUUACAUGUUUUGACGAAGACUGCGAUGGAGUUUUAAAUUUCGACGAUUUCAAAGAACUCUUGAUGACGAUGGGUCUGAGGUUAACAGAGCAACAGGUUGAUGAAGUUUUCCUGCAAGGAGCUCUGACUGAUGAAGACGGGCGAUUUAACUGCGAAGACAUCGUGCGACUGUUAAAAUACGGAGAGGGUCUUAAGUGAGGAGGGGUGCAACAAUCUUUCCUCCGAAGCAUGCCAAUCUGUGUUCUAUGUAACCAGAUCGUUUCUAAGAAACGCAUACGAUUUAAGAAUGAUCAUAACAUUAAAAGAAAAAACAUGG